CGGAUUGGUUCGGAGCUUUCGUUCCGGCUGGAGCAGUCCAUCACUAGGUGAAAAAUUGUGCGCAAAGCUGUUAAUCGAAAGCCAGCCAUUUGCGGUACCAGUUCUCUGCCUGAUUGAGCCGGUGUCGCUAGGACAAAAGAUUCAAUACCAUCAUGUUUGCCGGACUGCUGGAUGCCGCACGGAACUCACCCUUCCGCACACCGUUCACACGUGUCCAGUGCGACGAUGGUACACCCAGCACGGAAAAGGCCAUCGUACCGGGCCGAUCGGUCCAGGCUGCGUCAGCAAGCCGCGAGGUAGAGUUCGGUUCUAACGAAUUCUUCGGUCUGUGCGCUGUUGGCGGUAUCCUGUCGUGUGGCAUCACGCACACGGCCGUUGUACCGCUCGAUUUGGUCAAAUGUCGCCUGCAGGUCGACCAGGCCAAGUACAAGAAUCUGUUCCACGGAUUCAAGGUCACCAUCGCGGAGGAAGGUGCUCGCGGUCUCGCCAAAGGAUGGGCACCGACCUUCUUCGGCUAUUCGGCACAGGGUGCCUUUAAAUUCGGUCUGUACGAAGUAUUCAAAAUCAGGUACGCGGAUAUGAUUGGCGAAGAGAAUGCAUACCUGUACCGUACCUGGGUGUAUCUGGGAGCUUCGGCAUCGGCCGAAUUCUUCGCCGACAUUGCACUAGCACCUCUGGAGGCGGCCAAGGUUAAGAUCCAAACCAUGCCAGGAUACGCCAACACGAUGCGACAAGCCAUGCCGAAGAUGCUGGGCGAGGAAGGCGUUAUGGCGUUCUACAAGGGUCUUGUUCCGCUCUGGUGCCGUCAGAUCCCGUACACGAUGAUGAAGUUCGCCUGCUUCGAAAAGACCGUUGAACUGCUGUACAAGCAUGUCGUACCGAAGCCACGUGACCAGUGCUCGAAGGGUGAACAGCUAGUGGUAACGUUCGCUGCCGGUUACAUUGCCGGUGUGUUCUGCGCCGUCGUGUCGCAUCCGGCCGAUGUGGUUGUAUCGAAGCUGAACCAGGCCAAGGGAUCAUCUGCGAUCGAUGUGGCAAAGAAACUUGGCUUCAUGGGCAUGUGGAAUGGAUUGACGCCGCGUAUCAUCAUGAUCGGUACGCUGACCGCCCUGCAGUGGUUCAUCUAUGAUGGUGUGAAGGUAGCCCUCUCGAUCCCCCGUCCACCACCGCCAGAGAUGCCGGAGUCGUUGAAAAAGAAGCUGAACGUAGAGUAAUUCUUAGCUACAGUGAAGGGAGUUAAUUAUUUAGUGAUGGUGCACCACUCUCGGUGGUUCUCGUGCUGAGUAACACGGAAGAAUAAUGGAAAAGGAAUGUUUUGUACUACCGAGCAAGGCUUCAAGGUGUUUAAGUGAAAAUGUUACUUGUGACGUGAUGCAAAUGAUAUGUGAGAAAAAGAGCGUUUGACUCGGAGAUUCCAUCUACCGAAUGAUAUUUUGUGAAGCAAUGUAACCGAACGUUCGAUUAGUUCAUUCCGUUAGCGUACCCAACGCUGUUUGUUUUAUGGUAAAAAUGAUGGGAAGAAAAACUACUACUUGUGCGAGUGUGAAACGUGCGGUCAUAGUUGCCCUGGUGGUUUUGCCUAGCGAGCCUUGCGUUCACAGUGCGACAACAUCAUCGUGAAUAAAGUCCUGAAACCGUGUGAAUUACGAUACGAUUAGUAA